AUGAAACGCCUUGUUAUGAUUGAGUUGAUUAUGGCGGCGAAUGGGUCUACCCUCGGUCCAAACAAAGCCCACCGUGUAGCCCGUCAUGUUUCCUUUCAAGCUGUUGUACCUCCCGCUGUAUCUUUUCCAGUUAAUUACUCAGGGCCUACUCUAAUGCAGGCAAAUAAUCAUGCGUCACUGGCUAGAGAGUCUGUUACGGAAAUACGCAAUCUUGACAGUUCCCUUGAGGAAUCCAAGCAACAUACUAGGCGACAGACGUCAACUGUCAUCAACCUUGAUUAUAACAGAGAAUCUGUUGGAGCCUCAAAUACUACUUCAAGCAGUCCCUUUGAUAAACUGCGAACUAAGUUCGCUUUUCUCAAUACCCCGAAGAAGCAAAAUUGUUUUCUUGAAAAUACACAAUUGAUCUGCAGACAGUUUAACUUAUCUAAAAGGAAGUGUCUAUCGAUUACGUUGGCUGUUAUAUUUUGCAUUGUCUUAAUUCUUAUUAUCACUGUCGUUUCCAUCACCGCGUCAAACAAAUAUCUAGGCACGUCAUUGCGAGGGAAAAUAAGUGCUCACACAUCAGAGGUUUGCGAAAACUCUGCAUGUCUUAGAAUUGGACUAUUCUUUCAAACUACUCUUUUCGAGAUUAAUGAAGGCGGCAUAAAAGAUCCCUGUAGCGAUUCAACUCUCAAGAAACUUGUCAAAUUAAUGUGGAACGGCGAGGGUGGCUCGGACAUAACAUUUCAAAGUCCAUUU